AUGAAAAGAAAUUUUGAUCAAAUCCAUGUUGUAAGUUUUGUAAUGUUAGAUAAUCCAGAGCUGGUAAGAGAGGUUGGAAGAACUGUUUUAAUCCAAGGAAUGGGUAUAAAGCAAGCAGAGCGGCCUUCAUGGUAUCCAUACAAAUGGUCUAACAAUGUAAAGACACAAGCAGUAUGGAAAAUGGCAGUGACAAUUUUAAUAGUAGAAUUAAUCAAUUUGAAUUCGACUGGAGUGUGUGCAUCUUUAAUUGGAAGAAGUGAGAUGGAUUAUUAUGGACUAAGCAGAAGGACUUCAUCAGAACCAUUUGCUCCUGGGGCUCCUCUACCAUGGAGUUGUGUAACAGACUCUCAUUGGAAAAUUCUAGGCGAACAUUUAUACCCUAGUAGAAUAUUGGAGGUGCAGUGUAUGAGUGAUACGUGUUGGUAUGGACAUUAUAAUUGUACGUCUGUUGUUGUUUCGGUCCAAGUUUUAAAAUUGUGUUUAGCUGCAAGAUGUAGUGAUCACAGAAUUCCGACAACAUUGAGAAGAAGUUGGUUGUUUGUGGAUGUAGAUAUGAGUGUAGGAUGCCAGUGUACAAGAUGA